GUUUUUAAUGCAUUUUCUCUUUGUUUAGCCGCUUCAUCCGAUUGUGAGAAUCCUCCAUUAGACAUAUCUAUCGUGAUCGAUCAAACAAAGAGCGUAGGAGCGGACAACUAUGACGCCAUGUUGGAUUCGGUCAUGGCACUCAUUUCGCAGUAUGAUGUCGGUGAAGACAAGACACACUUCUCCAUCGUAACUUAUGCAAAAGACGCAAAAGUUCGUGUCAGCUUUGAUGACCCAAAAUAUCAAAGUAAAGCGGCUCUUCGUGCACUGAUUGAAGAGAUGAAGGAGAAAGACAAGUUGGGGAACCCGACGAGGACUGACAACGCCUUGAAAGUGGUCGGCGAGGACGUGUUCAACGAAAAGAAUGGAGAUCGACCGGAAUCACCAAACGUCAUGAUCAUCUUCACUGACGGAGGAACGCAUAAGAGUUCCGAACCCUACAGUACCGUGCUACCAACUCUUGAGGUGAGACCGUAAAACAGACAGUCUAAAUCUCAUCAGUUCGGGGAAAUAAAAGAAACACUACAUCGACUCAAAUGCAAAUAAUGACGAACGGCGUUGGAGAGCGGCCCAUUGAAUUUUUUUUGUUUACAGUGCCCCAGAUCAAUUUAAAAUUAUUUUUAAAGAAAGAUUUAUCGAAUAUUCAUUUAAUUUUAUUGUGUUACUUUUUCUAAUGCUUGUUCAUUUCUUGCAUUUUGCAAGCGGUAUGGCAAAGUCAAAAUAACAUGUCGUAGCUUCUCAAUAGCUAAAAGGUAGUGAUUUAUCAACUGCCGACUGUUUACGUCUCUCCGAUAAGAUAGCUUGGGACUUUCUUUGUUAAUCGUUUUCAUCAACAUUAACAAAUGGUAAAGUGACUUGUAGGUGAGAAAACAGCUGAAAAAUUGUUCUUUUCGGGCUAAAAGCAAUUUACACGUGUAACUGGUCUAAAAAAGAAAAAAUAAAAUCUCAGCGAGCACUAAAGCCUUGCAUUCCAAGUACUGGGUGGGUGCUUUCAUCAACUAAGCAACGAGGCCACAUUAUGCUGGAUGUAAGGCAAAUUUAGUUGGAUUCUUGUUCCCCAUGAAAAAAGAAACCUGGUCACGUUAUUGUAGACGCCGUUUGAUGGAAAGGCUUAAGUUGCACUUUAUCAUUUAAGAUCAACUCAUUGCUGGUCAGAAUUUUUCACUUUGCAGAUGGCAAGCGCUAUCAUGCUUCUUAUUUCUGUCCCACGUCAAUUUGUCACCUUGUAAUCACACAUAUGACGGCUAAAAAGCAACUAAUAUAAAGAGAGGCGAAAAAUAAGGCUCAUAAUUGCAAUCUCACUACGCAGGAAAAAGGAGUACAGCGAGUGGCUGUGGGGAUUGGUAAACAAAUUAAGCAGGCAGAGCUUAUAACUAUUGCUGGAGCUGAGAAUCGAGUCGUUAAUGCAAAAAAUUUCGAAGACUUGAACAACCAGUUGGACGAUAUUCGCGAAGCUACUUGUAGUAAGUAUCAUCUUCCUUCAAUUAAAGAAAGAUUAGCUGACUUUGAUUCUUCGUUUUUUGUCUGCUCUCACUGCUACAUCCUAUAUAUUGACGAAAAGACGAAUUAUGAUGUUGAGGAUGCAGUUUUUGGAGACAUCACGCCACCGAGACACUAUUCGGUUUCCUAGGGAAAGUGGCGACAACUAAAUGGUAUUUACUAGAUUAUUUGCCAAAGGACUAUCUUAUGAUGGUUCAGUAAAGGUUAAGUUUGUCUUCGAGCCCAAUGGCCCACAAUGGCCAGCCGGAGCUUGUCCCGGUUUCCUCGGUAUGACAUCACUUGGAGUGACCCAAUCCCUCCUUGGAUGGCAUUCUAGUUCAUCUUAGGGUUACCUCCAGCAUUUUAUCAGGCAUCCCUGACAAUUCAGUGCUACUCAUUUAUACUUCUAGGUGGAGAAGGGCGCUGUCAGGGUAAAGAGUUUUACCGGCGAGGUCUCGGACCCAGACCUCUCAACCUGCUGCUGGAAUUCAGCGCACUAGUCACCAGGCCACCGCGUGUCCUGCGCUCUUUAUGUAAUUAACAAAAUGAUUCCUUAAGCAGGAGAUGACUGAGAAAUUCACAAAUCAUUUUCAUAUUUGAUUGCUGCUGUAUUUUUAGACAUUGAUGGAGGAUAUACCGAGUGGUCUGAGUGGAGUGAAUGUACAGCAACUUGUGGUGGGGGAAGUCGUUCUCAUUCAAGAACCUGCACCAACCCGUCACCAAAAAAUAAAGGAAAAACUUGCAUUGAACAGGAUCUGGGUCCUAAUAUGGAAUCUGAAGAAUGUAACACCCAAGACUGUCGUUAGUAUAAUGCAUUCACUUCUCUACAUUUACUUCUCUUGUUCUUAAAUAUAAUAACCAAACUAUACACAGUGAGUAUGCUAUUAAUACUUGCAUGCAACACUUUGGUAAAAAGGAAAAUUUAAUUGUUACAAAAGAAAUUUCUUUUUUUUUUUUAUAUCGGUAGUUGAACUAUGUUUACGUAAGGUAAUGUUUAUCACCUUUUUAAUAAACAGAAACAUGUCCACUUUUAGAUGGAAAUCCAAUAAAGGCGGGGCCAACAUGCAUUUCUAGGAAGAAUUAUUCCACCCACUUAUGAGAGCUGUAGGUGCCUGAUCAAUAAGGUCUUGACUGGUAUUACGCGUUUGAACAAAUUACUUUCCUCAGCCAUACCUGGUGGUUACACUGAUUGGUCAGAAUGGGGAGAAUGUAGCGUGACAUGUGGUGGAGGAGUUCAGACACGAAAACGGACCUGUACCAAUCCCCCGCCGUCUGGUGGUGGGCCAACAUGUGUUGAGCAAAAUCUGGGACCAGCAGAGGAACAAAAGGAAUGCAACUCACGAGAUUGCGGUGAGUCAGUUUGAGACGUAGUAGAGUUAUGGUUACACCCGCGGGGCUUUAUUCCAAAAAGGAAUUAUCAAGCAUAACCUUUAACGAUUUAAAUUCCUUUGGUGUAAAACAUUUUCGAUAAUCCUUCGAAAAUCAAAAACGUGUUAUGGCAAAGACUUUGACCCAUCGAAGGAAACUUUAGAAAGAAUGGAUUCAUAAGAAGUUUGAGAUUGUGAACGAGUGAGGUACUCGAAUAUGUACAUUCCAGGACCUUUUCUUUACCAUCAACAAUUUCGUUUUAUCCGAUGGGUGUUGAACAAAAAAUUUGGAUCAACACUAAUGACAAAGAAAUGCGACACAGAGCGUUGUGAUGUGAGUUGUUCGGUGGGAAGGGUGAGUAAAAUUAUUAGCUUUGUCAUACCUUUCAUUGUUUCACUGUGUGACAAAUGAAUAUAAAAACAAAAGGGAAGGUAAUACUCUAUCUGAAUGAUUUUUCUGGUAUAUUAUGAAGGACUCAGGAGAAUGGGUUUUCCUUCGAUGGGAGAUUGUGGUACCCUCAACACCACCAGACUGUAUGUUACGAUACGUAUUAUUACUAUCAUCUCCAUCAUCUUGGUUUGUGGUAUUCUAUUGUGCAUGCAUAACUAUUUAAUGUUUAAUUUUUUACAGGUGAAGAUGGCAACUGGUCCUCCUGGGGUGCCCCUGGUCCUUGUGAUAAGACCUGUGGGGGAGGUACUCGAGUGAGGAAAAGAACAUGCACCGACCCACCUCCAUCUGGGGGCGGUAAAGAUUGUGCAGGAAGCAGUACAAAAGAUGAGCCGUGCAACACACAAGCAUGUAUGUUCUUGUUCAAAAGCAUUUGUACAUCUUCGUCAUGUCGAAGUGCAGAUUGAUGUUUAUCGCAAACGGAGCGAAAAUUCAAAUAUAGGAUAGUUCUUAAAGGCAUUUCUCUGUUAGGCCUCGAAUGGCGCCACUGCAAGUGGCAUGGUAACAUGUCACUUCCCAUGAAUACGUCGUAUGUCGACUACGAAAUGUGUAACCCACGAUAGCAUUCACUCCGAAUGCUUCGUUCUUCAAUUUCUUUCAGUCCGUCACUUUUUGGCGUGGACUUGAAACUUACUCAAUCCUCCAUAAAAACUAAACUCCAUAAAAUUUUGGAUCGAAUCAAAUCUAAAGAAUAUUUAAACCUUAAUUAAUCUUAGCAGUUCUGCGUCAACCCUACUGACAAUGUCAAUCUUGAAGUUAGGAGACACCCCGCAAGGAGAUGCAAAUGAUCGGCUUCUUGAUACCCUGGACUUCGGAUAGAGCCUUGUCCAGGUCAUUAUUCUGUGUUAAGAAAGACAAUUUAUUCCCACAAAUCAACUCACCAGCUCGAAGGGUAUCAUUAAACUGCCGCAUAAACAUGAGGGGGAGGGGUGGCAGUGGGGAGCGUUACAAUGGACUGAGAUCCCUUCCUCUUUAAAACUGACACAGGAAUAAACUCCUACGUGAUGGCCCCCCUGGUUCCAAAGCUGUUUUUUUUUUCUUUUAUCCUUAUCUUAAUGGCACGCCUGCUUCCAGAGCUGACUUUUUCUUCAUCUUUAACAUUUUAUCAUCAAGGCCCAACUUCACCUCCACCUCCACCUCCACCCAAACCUUGCAAGGAACAUCUCGACGUUGGUGUCAUAGUCGAUUCCUCCAACAGCAUCAGUUCUGUUGAUUACAAUAGAGCACGUGAUUACUUAGUUCGACUAGCUCAAAGACUAGAGGUUUCCGAAGCCGGAACACAUAUGGCGAUCCUUCUCUACAGUUGGGAAGCACAUCUCUGGCACAGGUCUGUACAUUCAUGUCAUACAUAGGGAACGUCUGAGUUUGGAGAUGAGGCUAAACUUUCCAAUUUUUUUUGUGAUGGGAGGAAGGAAGGUGGGAGGGGGGUGAGGGGGGUGAGGUUAAAUGGGACGUAAGCCUGUGAAAUGUUCUUGACAUUUAAAGUCGGUAGAGGUUAAAAUUAAAUCAAUGCAUUUUUAAAUAUAAACUGAUAAAUUAUUUAUAGCUUUCUAUCCUAAAGAUUUCAGUAAUUUCGUAGUUACAGACAACAAUUUGAGUUUUUUUUCAUUGCAUCAUGAAUAUCUUAUACUCUUACACUUGAUCCCAAAGACUUGCACAACUAUCUUCCUUCAAUUAUUUUCUCCCAUCAAUGCUUUUCAGAUUUACCGAUCCGCAAAAUAUUAAUGCACUAACAGCCAAAGCCAGAAGCUUGCCGCAUAUUCGAGGUGGAACAAGAACAGACAGAGCUCUAGAACUAGCUGCGGAGGAGUUUUUCGGUUGGGACAAUAGUGGAGACAGACCCGAUAAACCAAAUGUGCUACUUGUGCUGACUGAUGGUGACACAAACGAAGGGAGUAAGCCAUUCAGUCAAGUUAUUCCUCCUUUGAAUGUGAGUUAUCUUUCAAAUAGCAGAUCGAAACACUUAGAUAGACUCGAGAAACUGACCAUGUAAGCUCUUAAAAAUACUUAAUCUCCGACUAAAAUUCUUCUUAGGUUAAGACUGAUAUAGCCAAUUAAUCUCUUUCUGUGCAGAGAGUCCUCGGAUUUCACACCCCAGCGCUAUCUUCCUAUCUAAUUUUGCAGGAUGCAAGCGUAAGGAGAAUUGCUGUCGGAAUUGGAAGUGGAAUAGAUAUCUCGGAGCUUCAACAAAUUGCUAGCGACAAUCAUGAUGUACUACAGGUUAAUGGGUACCAGCAGUUAAUCCCCAAACUAGAGUCCAUAAUGACCAAGGCUUGUGAAGAUCAGUAUCCAGGUAGGUUGACAUGAAUAUAGCAUUGAUACAAACUGUCAACACUGGGUUAAAAUGUGGCCCUUUGUGAUGCUGCCAUUACUAUGCAGUCUGUUCGAUUCUACAACGACUGUUCAAUCCAUGAAGAGUUCAGGCUUAAAUCAGGUUCUUCCAGGUUGUUCUGUCAUUUUCUCGCUGCUUCCAGUUACCUUCUGCAUUCAGUGUUCUUCCGAGUCAGGUUUCUUUUCACUGUCUUUCAAUCGUAGCCAAGGCCUUCCCUCUGUGAUAACUUAUACAAAAUAACAUUUUCUGAGCAAAAAAUGCAAUUUAGGUGUGUACGCUUAUUUCAGGUGUGUACGACAACAUAUAAUACAAGGCUUCUAGAAUAAAGGACUAGGAUGAUAUGAUCGUAAAUAAUCGUUGUGUCAUAGGUACAUGCAUGAUGUAUAUAAGUAGAACACACGCGUUAAGUUUCCCAUUAAAUCAGCAUUUCCGUCAUUUCUUUCAGACCCUUUUUCAUUUUACUUUUCCUUGAUUGUAAAUAGGUGAUUGUGGCGAGUGGGGAUCUUACGGAGGCUGCAGUAGGAAUUGUGGUGGCGGAGCACAGGUUCGUACCAGAAGUUGUCCUCCUAAAAGUCUACAUUUAACGAAACAAAGGAAGCAUUGCAACACAAACCUUUGUCCAGGACAAGGUAAAUACUUAUUAUUAGUUUAAUCGAUUGUUAUCAUAUUUGCUACUGUUUAACGAGGAUUGUUAUCUUGCACGGUCAUCGGAUGGUUAACAACAAUUUACCGAGGUGGAGGUGGCUAGUGGUGAAUAUUUACCGAGCGGCAAAGCAGUGAAGCAGCGAGGUAAACAUCCACUGUGAGCUACCGACACUGAGGUGAAUAGUUGUUUAGUAUAUACUAAAACGGUGAGUUAAUACAGCUCGAAAAGAUGAUUUCGAAUCAUCCAUUCUUAUAACGAUUACAAUAUUUUCGGGUACAAAUCUCACGCGCGUUGCUCGGAGGUGAAUCGCAAGAGAUAUUCGAAGUUUUAGUAGCCAAUCAGAACGCGCCUUCGACGCUAUUCACUGUUUUAGUUUAUAGUAACUAAUGAUAUGGGAUUUAUUUCACAAUCAAAUUUGCAGUUUUUAAAACUGACUUCGUCAAAUAGGCGCUUCACUGAAUAGAACACAGUUCAAAAGUUCUGCCAAAAACUGUUGUAACAUUUGUUUCGCUGAGGUCCAACCUUGGUCGGGGUGGCAACAUUUGCCAUCAGAUUGAUGUUAGCCUCUUUCAAACGACUUUGCUGUAGUAUUGUGAUAGUAGUGCUAAUAAUAAUAGUAGUAAUAGCGGAAGGUAAAACUCUAGUGACGAUACUUUAUUAAUUGAUUACUCUUCAGAGCCUUGUGAAGACCUUGCAGGGGAUUGUGCAGUCAGAGCUGCUAAAGGAGACUGCUGGAGGACCGCUAAUGUACCUUCCAGUCAACGUUUGCUCUACGUUGGCAGGACGUUUCCUUUGUGGAACACUUGUCCAAAAAGCUGCAGACGAUGCAAUGGUAUGAGUAAAAAGGCGAAGAUUGGCCUUCUUCGGUCAUCAAUCAUUUUCUUUAUGGUCUUCUUUUUCAUAUUAUAAUUUUUAUUCCUCAUAUUUAUCCUUUUCUUUGUCUUCCUUCCCCUUGAUAUUCUAUGAGAAUUUUACUUUCCAUCUUCUUCUUCUUCUUGUUUUUCUUCUUCGCCUCCUUGCCAUUCUUUAAUUUUUAUUCUUAAACUUCUUCCUUUUUUGUCUCUUUUUACGGAUUGCCUUCCAUGAUAUUCUACACAUAUUUUACUUCCUUUCAGUCGAUACCUCUUGUCAAGAUGACGAUCCCUAUGUUUGUCCUUGGUGGUCAGUAGCUGAUCGCAAUAGGUGGAAAUGCAGCUUUGCAUGGCGACAAGGCUGGACUCGGUACUCUCUAGCAAGUGAGCAGUGAAGUCGUUGAUAUAGAAAAUGCUCCCGGAAGAUGUACAUCUUCAGGAAGCUGAGAAAUGUUCCGACUGCUUGAGAUCAAGGCAUUAAUUUUUAUUUUAAAAUAGAAAUAUUGGAAGAGACUGAUUUGUUUUGCUUUACCUCGUUUUAUGAUUGGUCCAUAAAACUCGCGCCACUCACAUACGUUUGAAGUGGUUGAGUGUUUUUUACGUUUAGUUCUUUUUACCUUUUGACUGCUCGUGAUAUUUCCGUUUCAUCUGAUUUGCCUUUUUUUACGCUGGUUAUCGAAAACAACUUCGCAAAUGUAGAUAAGUAUUGAAAGAAAGGACUUUUUUUCAAUUCUUGAGAAACAACGACGUGACGAAGUGAAUGCGUGCAGUGAAGACAACAUCUUUCUAAGUCAUUAGGUGCUCACCAGCAACUUGAACAACCGAUAUAGUAAUAAUGAUUAAUGACGAGUUCACAUUCUGGCGAACCCGAUUUAAAAUUCUAGUCAAUAAUGAUCGGGAUUAUUAUCUAUUAUCUAAGUGAACCCCUUAAAACAGUUGGCCGAUAAUUUAAACAGACAACGGGAAGCAACUUCUCUAUUAGAGCAAUAAGGUACGUCUUCUAUAGUUUUUCAAUUAAAAAUUGCCCACUCGGAACCUGAACCUCCUGAGAAGCUGAUAACGAAAGAAUAGUUUUUGUCUGUCUCACUUGAUUUUGAAAAUUACCCCAUGAAGUAAAGUGUGUGUUAUCACUAUAAUUUCGUUUCUCUUCAUCCUUCAGACUAUUGCAAGAAAAGUUGUGGCAAAUGCAGCGGAGGAGGCGGAGGUGGAGGAGGCGGAGGAGGCGGAGGAGGUAGCCAUAUCAUAUCAGCCGGUCGUUCAACAGCAUAACCUAACUAUCCGCUCGACACCCUUUUUUCAUGAAUUCGGAAAACGUUGUUUUCAUUCUGCUCCUAUGUCCCAAUAGAGCUCUGAUACUGGCCAGUAUUACCUCAUUUGAUAUUGCAACCUCUUCAAAGAAAUUUAGAAAUAGAUCUCAUGCAUAAUUGAUGGUACGGGGCUAACAUGCAUUUCUAGAUGAAACAAUUUUAUCGACCCAUAAAAUCUGUUGAAAAUGAAGUAAUUAUCCCUUUCUUGGGCUGGCUUGAUUAACAAGGCUCCUAAUUAAAUGACACACUAGGUGGUUAUACUGAUUGGACUGAAGAAAUCAUGACACGCAAGGGGAGGGGUUGAGACACGAAAACGGACAUGUACCAAUCCUCCACCCUCUGGCUAUGGGCCAACACGUCUUGAGCAAAAAUUUAGACCCGCUAAGAAUCGAAAGAGUUGAUGUGAGACGUAGUAGAGUUAUGGUCAGCCCUUCUUCUUAACGUUUGGGGUUCUUUCAAUUGCAAUCUUUUAGCAUGUCAGGAUUCCAACGUCUAUUACUGUCGGAGUAAGGUUAAAUGGCCAGGCUGCGGCAAUUAUUUUGUGAGAGGU